UCCCGGCAAUCGGAGUGUCCGUACUGCAACAGUGCAACAACAGACUCCAAUUAGGGUUUUGAAAGCUCAAUCAAAACCAGCCAUGGCGUCCUUUGCGUCUCUCAAGUCUGAAAUUUUCGCUAAAGAAGAGAAAAAACAGCAGUACCAAGCUCACAUUAGCGGGCUCAACGCUUACGAUCGCCACAAGAAGUUUAUCAAAGAUUACGUUGUACACUAUGGGAAAGAGAAAUCUUCAAACAUUAGGUUGCCUAUCAAAACUGAUCAAGAUACCUUAAGAGAAGGAUAUAGGUUCAUACGCUCAGAGGAAGAUGAUAUGGAUACAUCUUGGGAGCAAAGGCUGGUGAAGCGAUACUAUGAUAAGCUUUUUAAAGAAUACUGUCUAGCUGACAUGUCACAUUACAAGACUGGCAAGAUUGGUCUGAGGUGGAGAACAGAGAAAGAAGUUGUAUCUGGUAAAGGACAGUUCAUAUGCGGAAACAAACAUUGUGAUGAAAAAGAGGGCUUAGCAAGCUACGAGGUAAACUUCUCUUACUUUGAAGCUGGAGAAAACAAACAAGCACUUGUGAAAUUGGUAACUUGUGAGAGGUGUGCUGAGAAGCUCCACUACAAAAAGCGGAAAGAAAAGGAGAAGUCAGAGAGAUUGGACCAGGAAGAGCAUAGAAAAAAGAGGAAUCGGUCGAGGAGUGAUGAUGAUACUGAUUCUGAUAAAGAGAAAAGCAAAGAAAAGAGGAGAAAAGGAAAGAAAGCUUCAGCUUCAGCCUCUGACCUUAAAGUUGACGACGACGAUCACUUUGAUGAGUAUCUCGAGGGAAUGUUUCCUUAAACAGCAAACAUGAUUAACUGGUAGCUGCAACACCUUGUGACCCUGCUUUGCUUUCCACUUGCACAAAAUCAUUCUUCUUUCUUAUAAACCUAAGUUGAAAAUUCGAGUCUCGAACAUUAUUAUGCUUCUGGGCGACGGGUGGAAGUGAUUGUCAAAAGUAGCUUUGCCAUUUUCAAGGAGAAAGAUUUUGAUUUGGAAAAUUCUUCUCUUUAGGUUGGCCUGCCUUUGGUGUUGCUUUGUAAGUAAUUUUAAUAUCUUAUGGUAGUUGGCUUGAAACUUUGGUCUCUAGACUCCAGAGGCUGGUAUGAUCAAUAAUAGAGAUAUAUUUGGUGGUUUUGGGCAUUAUUAGAAUUAAUGCAAAAGGUCA